GAUUAGACUCACCGCCUCCCGUCGUCAGGGGACGGACAUAACGGGCACACUGCAAAAAAUGGCAAAUUAGCAGCCUUUGACAGUCCAUUUAUUCAAAUAUAUAAAUGUAAAUUGAUUAAUCAUCAUCGUAACCCCAGAGCUAUACUUCACGAAAGAGUAACGUUAACGUAUGAGAGGAUCGAAAUGAAAUGAGGUUGUAUAGGUAAUACUCAGAGUCCCAUAAGACACCAUGUCUGAAGAGGCGGUAUCAGAAAGUGAACUGGAGCAAAGCCUUAACAGUGAAGAAGAGGAUUUGGAAAAUGAAGAAGAAGAAGAAGAAGAAGAGGAUGAUGGGGAUGGAGAUGGAGAUGAUGAAGAUGAUGAAGAUGAUGCAGUUGAGCAAACUGGCAGUCCCCAGGACAACGCAGAAACAUCUCGGGAUGGCGAGGAGUCCGUUAACUCCGGGGAGCCCUCUUCUGAGCCUUCGUCCCAGCCCCCAUCUCGCCCCCCCUCCCGAACUCCAUCCAGACCUCCAUCUCGACCUCCGUCGAGACCUGCUUCUUCCUCCCAGCCUCAAGCCAGUCCAGAGGACUCCAGCCAGAGCAAGCCACCUGUGCUCAAAACUAAAACCCCAAAGAUUAAAUCAUCCAAAUCCUCCAAGUCCGCAAAGUCCUCAAAAUCCUCCAAGUCCUCCAAGUCCUCAAAGUCCUCCAAAGGUUCCAGACUAUCAAAGACAUCGAAACCUACACACAUGAGGAAGAACAUCAGAAAGCUGCUGAAGGAGCAUCAGCUGGAGGCUGGGACCAAAGCGGCCCAGCAGGAGGAGAUGGAGCGGCGAAAGCGCCUGGAGCAGCAGAGAAAGGACUUCCCCACCACAGCCCCACCGGUUGCUGAACCUCAACCAGGUUACCCCUCAGACACUACAUCAAGGGCAGGGGAAGCAGCCCAGUUGGUUCCCACUUUGCUCAGCAAGCAGGAAAUCAUCUGUCUGGAUAGUAGUGGUGGUGAGGAGGAGGAGGAAGAGGAGGAGGAGGAGGAAGACGACAAGGAAGAAGCCUCCAAGCUUCCUGACUCUGAUGUAAUUGAGCUGAGUUCUGGGGACGAGGACGCCCUACAAAUCAGUAGUGAGUCCGCUGACGAGGAGGCGGAGGGUGGAGGCACGCAGGAGAGCAGCGGCGCCCAUGUCAACGAUGCGCUGAACCAGCCCGAUACCCAGGGGCGAGUGCUGGUCAACAUCAACCACCCAGCCGACGAGGAAGACCUCUACCUCGCCCCGCAGUUAGCCAGGGCUGUUAAACCUCACCAGGUUGGAGGAAUCCGCUUUUUGUAUGAUAACCUUGUGGAGUCCCUGGAGAGGUACAAGAGUAGCAGUGGUUUUGGCUGCAUCCUGGCUCACAGCAUGGGGCUGGGGAAAACCCUGCAGGUCAUCUCCUUCGUAGACAUCCUGCUAAGGCACACUGGGGCCCAUACCGUGUUGGCCAUUGUCCCUGUGAACACCCUUCAGAACUGGCUAACCGAGUUCAACCUCUGGCUUCCUCCCCAAGAAGCCCUGCCACCCGACACCGACCCUGCCUUCGCCACGGGCCGCACAUUCAGAGUUCACAUUCUCAACGACGAGCACAAAACGACGGUGGCCAGGGCGAAGGUGGUGGAGGACUGGUCAAGAGACGGAGGAGUGCUCCUCAUGGGCUAUGAGAUGUACCGCCUGCUGUCUAUGAAGAAGACUUUCGUCAUGGGCCGCAAGAGGAAGUCUAAAAAGCCUGCCGGGCCCAUCAUCAUCGACCUGGACGAGGAGGACCGACAGCAGGAGCUCAUGAAAGGUAUCGAGCGGUCCAUCGCCCGGCCCGGCCCUGACGUGGUGAUCUGUGACGAGGGCCACCGCAUCAAGAACUGCCACGCCAACACGUCGCAGGCCCUGAAGAGCAUCCGCUCGCGGCGCCGCGUGGUGCUGACCGGCUACCCGCUGCAGAACAACCUCAUCGAGUACUGGUGCAUGGUGGACUUCGUCCGGCCCGACUUCCUGGGCACGCGGCAGGAGUUCAGCAACAUGUUCGAGCGGCCCAUCCUGAACGGGCAGUGUGUGGACAGCACGCCGCAGGACGGACGGCUCAUGCGCUACCGCAGCCACGUGCUGCACAGCCUGCUGGAGGGCUUCGUGCAGAGGCGAGGCCACGACGUGCUGCGAGACCAACUCCCCUCCAAGGAGGAGCAUGUGAUGCUGGUGCGCCUGUCGCCCAUCCAGAGAGCGCUCUACACGGAGUUCAUGAACCGCUUCCGAGAGGCCGGCAACAGCGGCUGGCUGGGCCUCAACCCCCUGAAGGCCUUCUGCGUCUGCUGCAAGAUCUGGAACCACCCCGACGUGCUGUUUGAGACGCUGCAGAAGGAGAACCUGGCCAACGAGCAGGACCUGGACCUGGACGACCUUGCCUCUAACCCCAGGGGCCCCUCUGCCGGCCUCAAGGGCAAGGCCAACGCCGCUCUGCCUCCCAUCAACCACAGUCAGGAACGAGCCAAUCAAGUCAUCACCUACGAAUGGGCUAAAGACAUCAUGUCCAGGUACAGGACCGGGGUACUGGAGAACUCUGCCAAGAUGGUUCUGCUCUUCCAUCUGAUUGAAGAGAGCGUGCGGACCGGUGACAAGAUCCUGGUGUUCAGCCAGAGCUUGUCUACCCUAACGGUGAUCGAGGACUUCUUGGCGAAGAGGCCCGUACCGGUACAUGGAGACAUGCCCAGCCAGCCCUGGGUCCGCAACAUCAACUACUACAGGCUGGAUGGAAGUACAUCCUCCUCAGAGAGAGAGAGACUCAUCAACCAGUUCAAUGACCCGCAGAACAUCAAUGCAUGGGUGUUCCUACUGUCUACAAGGGCGGGCUGCCUGGGCGUGAACCUGAUCGGGGCCAACCGCGUGGUGGUGUUCGACGCCUCCUGGAACCCGUGCCACGACGCCCAGGCCGUGUGCCGGGUGUACCGCUACGGCCAGAGGAAGCCCUGCCAUAUCUACCGGCUGGUGUGCGACUUCACCCUGGAGAAGAAGAUCUACGACCGGCAGGUCUCCAAGCAGGGCAUGUCGGAUCGUGUGGUGGACGACCUCAACCCAGUGCUGAACUUCACGCGGAAGGAGGUGGAGUCCCUGCUGCACUUUGUGGAGGAGGAGCCCGACCAAAAGUACUCCCUGAAGCCCCACGAGGACAUGGAGUCGGUCAUGAGCCAGGCCUGCCUGCUCUACCCUCACCUCAUCACCAAGAUCCCCUUCCACCACGAGUCUCUUCUGAUGGACCGGAAGGAGUCCAAGUUGACCAAGGCAGAGAAGAGAGCCGCCAAGAAGAGCUACGAGGACGAGAAGAGGGCCUGUGUCCCGUACUCGCGUCCGUCCUACGCCCACUACUACCCCACCAGCGACCAAACCCUCGCCAACAUACCAGCGUUCAGCCAGCGCAACUGGUGUCCCGGUGGCAGGCCAGAGGACAAGCCCGUGGCUAGUGUCCGGCCCAUCCAGUCCACUCCCAUCCCCAUGAUGCCUCGGCAGGCCAGCAUGGCCGGGUCCAGCUCUGGAGGGGGCGGCUUUCCUGUCAACUUCCUGCAGAAGGCGGGAGUUUAUGUCCAGAGGAUCGUAACAACAACUGACAUUGUUAUUCCAGGAGCCAACAGUAAUUCAGAGGCCCAGGCCAGAAUAGGAGCAGGAGAAAGCAUCCAUGUCAUCAAGGGUUCUAAAGGUACCUACAUUAGGACCAAUGAUGGUCGAAUCUUUGCCAUUCGAUCAGGAAAGAUCAGCCGGCAAGCAACGGGAGGCUCCUCAUCUUCAAGAGGUACAGUAUAUACUUAAAGCAGUGAAGUCCUCUUAGAGCAGCCGGGUCGUCUUGUAGAAGUUAAGUCCUCUUAUAGCAUUUAAGUCCUCUUAUAGUAUUGAAGACCUCAUUUAGUAUUCAUGUCCUCACUCAUAGUAGUGAAGUCCUCUUGUAGCAGUGAAGUCCUGUUACAAUAGUGUACUCAUUCAGGUCCUCUUCUAGUGAUCAAGUCCUUACAAUAACUGUCCCAUUUAUUUAUUUCGGAACUAUGUUCGAGGCAUUCCUUGAUGGGGUCUUGAUGGAAAUGACUAAUAAAUUACCUAAUUAUUUAUCUGUGGAUUAAACUAAAGAUUUCUAGACAUAACCCUUAAUUUGUUUUGGUAAACCUUGGCUUAAAUAUCAUAGCAACUGUGCUGUCUGGGAAGCGUCCCCCUCCCCUAGCUCAUCCUUAGCUCACGGAGCCAGCCUCUGUAUUCGCUAGACAGUAGCACCAUCUAGAGGGCAAAACAGCAAUACACCUGGGGCCUCUACGAAUAGUCAAAUCUCCUCUGCCUCCUUUCCUUAACCUUUGUGGAAAACGUCAUCAGGUCAAGGAGAGAUGAAAAUGUGAUUCCUUUCGAACAUAGGAAAAGACAGCACUGUUUAAAAAGAAUUUGACUCCACUCUUCCUAACCGACGUCAUUGCACGACGGCGGGUAUUGCCGACCUCUAGCGUCUCUAGUGUGAAACUACAAUUUUCCGAAGAUUGACUAAACAAGCGCUCUUUGAUCCAU